AUGUCUUCAGAGUCCGGAGUCAAAUUCCUGCCCACGGGUGCCAUAAUCCAGGAGCUCAAUGUUGCCGGCCACAAUAUUGUGCUGGGAUAUCCUACCGUGGAACCAUAUGCCGAAGCACCAUUCUUUGGCGAGACCAUAGGGCGAGUCGCGAACCGGAUAGGUGACGCCAAAAUCGAAAGCCUCAAUGGAAAGUCUUACGAGCUGGCCGCAAACAACGGUCCCAAUCAUUUGCAUGGUGGCCUACAAGGCUGGGGCAAAAAGAUAUUCAAGGGGCCUGAACUCGUGAACCGUGAUGGUAAGGAGGGUGUCCUGUUCACCUACCUGUCACCUGACGGGGAAGAGGGUUAUCCUGGCACCGUUCAGCUCAAGGUUUGGUACACAUCAUGGGAAGAGGCUCAAGAAAGUGGGACUCCUAAGCUUGUGCUCGAGACGGAGUAUGAGGUCGAGUUAACAGGCACUGAGGUUGAUGAGACUGUGGUCAACGUCACAAAUCAUAGUUAUUUCAAUAUUAGUGGAGGCCCUACCAUUGAGGGAACAGAGGUGACAUUGUCAACACCGAAGUACCUGCAUGUGGCCGACGCGAUGCUCAUCCCCACCGGAAAAAUUGAGGACUUCCCAGGCGUGGAGGCAGACAAAGCCAUCGUGCUAGGUGCCAAAGAGCCUCAAUUCGAUCAUGCGUUCAUCGUAGACUCUGACACCGCCAACAUCCCACUGGACACUCGAAAGGGACCCCUCCGAAAACUCGUCGGAUUCUCUCACCCCGCAACAAAACUUCAUAUCGACUUCUUCAGUACCGAACCCGCCUUCCAAUUCUACACAGGCGAGCACAUUAACGCAGCUGCUCACGGGGACAUUCAAGCCAGGGGUCCCCGUGCAGGGUUCUGCGUCGAGCCAAGUCGCUAUAUCAAUGCCAUCAAUGUACCCGAGUGGCGAAAUCAGGUUCUCCUCAAGCGUGGUCAGAUCUGGGGUGCCAAAACCGUAUACAAGGCAUGGAAGUCAUAA